AUGAGCUCGCAGCGCUAUUCACGGGUUAACGCCCAAGAUGAAGAGGAUGGGCCACAUUCCUAUCCGCUGAACGCGCGAUCUGAUCCCAACUCAUCUCCGCCACCCUCUUUCCGCUCCAGAUCCCGAUCUUCCUCACCGUCCACGAGGCGCUUAUUACACAACGAUCCGCUACAUAAUAAUGAAGAGCAAAUCUUGGCCGAUGCUUUCGGCGACGAGGACGACUCCGACGAUGAUAAUGAGCCAGAUGACAGGCAACGCCUGAUGCGAGCCGACCUUGACUCUCGUCCUGCGGAUAGCGCCCAGACUGCCAGUUCGUCAUCAUCGGUAUCUAGAAGUGAUUCGCAGGACCAGAGUCGAUCAGGGAUCAUACGGAGGCCCACGAUGUUGCCCAACUUCGCAACUCCGGGCAGCCGGCAGAUUGCCCCGUCAAAUGAUGGGGUCUUUGCCAAUCUUAACGCCAAGCCUGAACGGGGUGAGAAGAGCGAAGAUCUUCCUCCUUCAUAUGAGGAAGCAGCCGCUGAUGCGACACCUCCGUACUGGGAGACCACCAUUGUGGCACCUGGUAUCUCAUCUGAUGAGGUUUACGUGGACGGGUUACCUGUUGGAUCAGUGUUCUCGUUCGUUUGGAAUGCCAUGAUCUCCAUGUCCUUCCAGUUGGUUGGUUUCCUAUUGACUUAUCUUCUUCAUACCACGCAUGCCGCAAAGAACGGCAGCCGAGCGGGUCUCGGUCUUACGCUUGUUCAAUACGGCUUUUACAUGAAAGGCGGCAGUGACGGUUCGGGUUCGGACGGCGGUUCCGAUCAAUAUGUUCCUCCGCCAGACCCUAAUAGCCACAGCUUCGAUCCGAACACCGUCGGUGAGAGCAGCGGCGAUGGUGGAAAUGGCGCUAUCUCCGGCAUCACGACGAGCGAGUGGAUCUCCUAUAUCCUCAUGAUCGUUGGAUGGUUCAUCUUAAUUCGCGCUGUCAGCGACUUCCUGCGCGCACGACGUCACGAACAGCUUGUGUUGCAGAGCCCUGAUCGCGGUCUUGGUGUGCCUGUGAUUGCGGAGGGCGAACGGUCGGAGACUGUUGUCUAA